CUCUCGCCUUCGCGUUUCCUGUCUGAGCGGAGGAGGUUUGGCCCAGCGACGACGCCGUCCUCCAGCGGCUGCGGCGACCGUCAUGGCGGCGGCUCUCUCAAUGUCAGCGGCUCUGAGGCACCUUGCGGUGGGCAGCGGCGCCGCCGCGGUCCGCCUGUCGCCGGCCAGGUCACUGAGCACUUCCACAUGGCGGCUGGCACAGGACCAAACUCGAGACACGCAACUCAUCACAGUUGAUGAAAAAUUGGAUAUCUCUACUUUAACUGGUGUUCCAGAUGAGCACAUCAAAACCAGAAGAGUUCACAUUUUUGUUCCAGCACGCAAUGCGAUGCAGGCAGGAGUUAACAACACGAAGAAGUGGAAGAUGGAAUUUGAUAACAGGGAGCGCUGGGAGAACCCUCUGAUGGGUUGGGCAUCCACAGCUGAUCCUUUAUCCAACCUGCUUCUUACUUUCUCUACUAAAGAAGAUGCCAUUGCCUUUGCUGAAAAAAAUGGCUGGAGCUAUGAUGUGGAAGAAAAGAAGAUUCCAAAACCUAAAUCCAAGUCUUACGGUGCAAACUUUUCCUGGAACAAAAGAACAAGGGUGUCUACAAAAUAAGUUGGCAUUGGCUGUCUCUGACUGUGAAUAAAGUCAGCUGUGCUGUAUUUAUAGUCCACGUAUAAUACAUCUCUUAAUCUCCUAAUAAAUUUGACCUUUAAA